CUGGGACGUCCUAAACAUAUAUAUAUAUCCACGAAGCCAGCAGCUGCAGCAAACGGUGGGGGAUCAGCGCUGAGUCAUCAUCGAGCGACCCGAUUCUAUAUAACAUCCAGCAAUCCAGGCGACUCCGGAUCAAAGCCGAGGGAUGCACCUGAGGCUGAUUGUGACGGGAUGGGAUUUGGCUGUGUAUCCACCCUGCCAGCUCGUUGAUCCGUUGAGAUCUUGCAUGCCAGUGAGUUGAAAGAUCUGAUCCUGUUUUGAAGCUCUAAGAUCAGACUUCAAAUCUGAGAGAGUCUCUAGUGAGGAUGCUAAAUAUAACCAGCUUCAACAUUGCAUACAUGAAACUAUGAGGAUUGGUUCGACUUCCAAUGCUUGAUGACUGACACCAUGAAUCGCUCCGCUGCAAACGUCAGCCCUAAAUCGCCGCUUGAGAUUUCCCUUUCUGAGGACUGGCUGCGGCAACCUGUCAUCGUUGCUGUUAUAGUACUGGUGGGCUUUUGUGUCUUCGUGGCCAUUCCGUAUAGCAUGGGAGGGUUGGAGGGCGGAGGAGCCGGCUACUCAACAGCGAUUUCAACUCACUCCGCUGUGCGUCAAGGGCUCCACAUGCUGGCGGGCAGAGGGUUUGACGUAAAAGCGCCGUACGAUGCUGAGGCGCAGCAUGAGCAGCUUCUCAAACAAGCGAUUCAAACCAUGGAGGAAAAUAUUGUUCGGAGGGAGGGCUAUGUAAGCCCCUGGCACAGCGGCCACAUCAAAGACCAGAAGGAGGUCUACCUGAAGGAGCUGCUGGAGUACUGGGUGCCCAUCUAUCCAUGCUACCGCGAAGUCCGCUACGGUCUGAUGGGCGAUGGCGGCAAGUGGUUGUGCAAUGCGCACCGGCUCAACGAGCAAAGCGUCAUCUACAGCAUAGGGAGCAAUGCGCAGACGGACUUCGAAAUGGAACUGAUCGGUGCCACUGGAGCGGAGGUCCACGUCUUCGAUUGCACAUUGAAGGAGGCAGACGUGGUCAAAGUGUCCAGCCUGUCCCCGCUACUGUUCUUCCACCCCUGGUGCCUCGCAGAGAAAACGAAUCUGGAGAAAAACGUUUACAGCCUGACGGACAUUAUGUUCAACCUCGGCCACCCGUUUCUGGACGUGCUGAAAGUUGACUGCGAGAGAUGCGAGUUUACCAGCUUCAAGUCCUUCUUGUCACGCCUGGUCUAUGAGCGCUCCAAUCCACCUGUCGGUCAGUUUCUGGUGGAGACCCAUAACGAUGCCAGAGACGACCACAAACUUGUUGACACGUUCCUGAGGGAGUUGGAGACCGCGGGGUUUCGGCUGUUCCAUAUGGAACCCAAUUGGCGCUGGUGGCCGCAAGGCGCCGAAUGGGCGUUUGUGAAUCCGUCAAGAUUGAAAUAGGCGAAGCGUGUAAGCAUCAAUGUCGCAUCCCAAGUUGGUCAAUCAAAAGGAACAGUUUGAAUAGGAAGCAGAAGUACAGACGCCCCCGAUCUGCCCACGUACACAAAGCAGCCUACUCGUGAAAAAAACUGAGCCACGCAAAAACGUUUGUUGUUUGGAUUAGCUGAUUGACCACAGCCAUUUUGACGGUAUCCAAAGCCUCGAUCCAGAUAAAUGAUUUAGUCAUACGUGGAAGGUCACACAUUUAUCGUUUAGUACGUUUUAAAUAUAGUAGCGAGUAUUGAACACCAUGUGCAGGGCCGGGUGUAUUGUUUUAAGCGACCUUUGGCUGGACUAGGUUCGAUCAAAAUAAAGCGGAACAGGCUCGUAUAUUCACUCUCAUGGACAUAGUUCCCUUGUCUAUAAAGGAUUCAACUUAACACUAGUUGCGCCUUCAUGUAUAAUAUGCUGCAAAUUUGAAGACAGAAUACGCUC